UAAAACCAGUAUGUUCUCUUUCUCUUACACGAAAGCUCCAGAACUGCCAGUCUGGCUGACUGUGUUCCGUCAUGAAAGUUCCUGUCCUUCUCUUUAUUUUAUUUUUCUUUCUGGACUCUUUGCCACCAGUGAAAAGUUCCAUGAAAGACACCUUUGUUUGCUUUGUCAAGAGAGGCAAAUGUAGACAUGCCUGCCAUGACUCCGAAAAAUCAUUGGGUUUCUGCACAAAACUAAGUGCCAGGUGUUGCAUGUAAAAGGCUGAAAUGUAAUCCAUUGUCUUUGGAAAGUAAAGCCCAGGUACUAAGGAUUACUAGAUAAUAAUAAAUGAA